ACAGCACCAGCCACCCCACCACCUAGAUUUGCCUUCUGCAGGGCAGGAGAUUCCUGGAGGUUUGGGGGCGUGAAGACCAGGCUGCUGGCUCCCAGAGUGCCAUCCAGCCCGCUGCAAGGGUUGCCAUCUUCAGGGCGGGAGAUUCCUGGUGCUUUGGGGGCGAAGCUGUGAGGAGUGAUCCCAAUGGAGGGAGUCCCCCGUCAAGCCUCUGGGUCUCAGUUAGGCCGAGGCAGCCAAUAUGGGGAGGGCUUAGAGAGGGGCCUAACGAAGCCUUAUGGUUGACCUGCAGGAGGAGGAGGAACGUCUCCCCCCCCCGGAUGGGCUGAGUUUGCAGGGUUGCCAGCCGCAGGGCGGGAGAUUCCUGGAGCCUUGGGGGGCAAAGCUGUGAGGGGCGAUUCCCAUGGAGGGAGUCCCCCCCCCCGCUAGGCCAAGACAGCCAAUAUGGGGAGGGCUUAGAGAGGGGCCUAACGAAGCCUUAUGGUUGACCUGCAGGAGGGGGAGGAACGUCUCCCCCCCCCGAUGGGCUGACUUUGCAGGGUUGCCAGCCGCAGGGCGGGAGAUUCCUGGAGCCUUGGGGGGCGAAGCUGUGAGGGGCGAUCCCCACGGAGGGAGUCCCCGCCAAGCCUCUGGCUCUCCGCCAGGCCCGGGCAGCCCACCUGGGGAGGGCCCGCAGAGGGCCGAAGGCCUCAGAGCCGCCGCCGCCGCCUCUCCUCCCCGGGAAGCCCCGCUCCCCGCGGCCCGGAGGCGGCCCGAGUCCUGCGGGGAGGCGGAGCGGCGGCGCGGGGAUGCGGGCCGGGCCGGCGGUGCGGCUGGUGCGGCUGGGCCGGGCCUCGUACGCGGCCUCGCGGGCGGCCCAGGAGCGCUGCGUGCGGCGGCAGCGGGCCGAGGCCGAGGCCGCGGCGGGGGCCCCGGCGGGCCGGCUGGUGGUGUGGGAGCCGUCGGGCCCGGUGUUCACGGCGGGGCUGCGGGGCGCGGCGGAGGCGCGGCGGCUGCGGGCGCUGGGGGCCGGCUUCGAGCGGGCGGGCCGCGGCGGCCUGCUGACCUUCCACGGGCCCGGGCAGCUGGUGGCCUACCCGGUGCUGGACCUGCGCCGCCUGGGCCUGCCGCUGCGCGCCUACGUGGCCGCCCUGGAGCGCCUGGGCCGCGCCGCCGCCGCCGCCCUCGGCCUGCCCCACGCCCGCGCCCUGCCGCCGCCCUGCACCGGCGUCUGGGUGGGCGACGCCAAGCUCUGCGCCAUCGGUGUCCACUGUGGGAGGCAUAUAACGUCGCAUGGCCUGGCUUUGAACUGCUGCACCGAUUUGACGUGGUUUGACCACAUCGUUCCUUGCGGACUGGAAGGAAAAGGGGUGACCUCCCUAAGUCAAGAACUCCAGAGGCAUGUGUCUGUUGAAGAAGCCACCGAACCUUUCUUGGAUGCUUUUCAGGAGGUGUUUAAGUGCACUUUAACUGACUCUGAAGAACCUUUGAGCUAGAGAGAUUUCAGCAGCCCCUGUUUUGGAGAGUAAUUUGUGGUCGUUUCUAGGUAUAUUGUGGCACCCAGGCGGCUUUUCCCUACAGAAGACACUAAAACUUGAAAGGAAGUAUAUACAUUGUGUACAAGGGGGCGCGUUACACAUUUUAAAUGUCAGAGCAUCUGGCCCAAAGUAUCCUGGGAACUUUGUGGAGAGGAAUAGAGAAUGUUGACUUUCUUCAAUAAAACUACAGUUCACAGGCGUCCUUCCAGAAAGCAUUAAUCACUGAAGCCCAGUGAGAAAGGUAGACUAUAAAUGAAAAUAAAUAAAACAAACUGCCCAUUUUUCUGGUAAAUAUAUGUAAAAAUGAGUCAGUUGCCUUUAAAUAUAUG